GCUCCGCGCUCGGCCGGCCGGCCUGCGUAGGGCGCGUAUCGGUCUAGGAGGCUCCGGCGCUGCAGCCAUGUCGACUGCUAUGAACUUCGGGACCAAGAGCUUUCAGCCGCGGCCCCCGGACAAGGGCAGCUUCCCGCUGGACCACUUCGGUGAAUGCACGCACUUCAAGGAGAAGUUCCUGAAGUGCCUCCGCGAAAACAGCUUUGAAAACAGCUUGUGCAGGCGCGAAUCGAAGGAAUACCUGGAGUGCAGGAUGGAGAGGCAACUGAUGGCACAAGAGCCCCUGCAAAAACUGGGGUUUGGAGACUUGACGGACGGAAAAGCCGACAAGCACUGACUUCGCCCGGGAGGACUUCCGGCUGGGCAUGCGGGACGGAGCGGCGGCCCUCACCUGCCGCCCUGACGUCACUGCGGAGUUGGUGUGACCGAGAAAGGGCAUCUGGGACGCCCUGGAAGCUCCUGGACGGGCUUGGCUCACGGCUGGGCGGCGGCCCGUCCUCGGGGCCCCCGGGUUCUUCUGGGAGGUCGAUCUCCCUGUUAGUCUCCUCUCCCCGCGGAGUGGUCGGCGCUGCCGCCGCCGCCGGUGUGACGCGGUCCCUGGGGGAGCCUGUGGGCCUCCCGUGGGGACGCUUCGCCCGGUGGCGCCGACUGUGGGCGAACCUCAGAAAACCGUGCCCUAGCAAAAUGGUGUCUUUACUUUUUUUUUUAAACAAACGAAAAGGCUGGAUCCCCGAGUAUCAAUAUCAAUGUUACCAGGAGAUGCAGAAAACUAUAGGUGUAUCUGCGCAUUUUUACAAAAAAGAAAUUCAGGAAGGACAGACUGGACACUCCUGAGAAUGGUCACCGGCCCACAGUUUAGUUCUGGCGGAAUCACAUUCGUGUUCCCCCCACUCGGCAGGCGAGCCAGGACCGGGCGGACCCCAAAGGGAACUGGGGAGUCUCCCAGCGGCAGGGGGCGGGGGCGGGGCGAAAGGGUGCGGUCUGAGCAAUGACGCCAAGUUUGCAGUGGGUUGGGGCUCCGGUCCGGUCCGAGGACCUGCCCUCAGGCACUUAGCGGUCACUAAGGGCCGACAGAGUCCCCGAACCGGCGGUGAGGCGGGCCGGCCAGGACCCCGACCUGUCCUCCUGAGGGUGCGGCCGCGCUGGCAUGGCCGCCUCCCCGAGGGCACAGCCUGGCGCAGACCUUCCGCGGAGCGAAUGAAGACCAGCGUCCUCGGAAGUGUCCUUCCUCAGCGACGGAAGGAGUGGCUGCCCGGACGGGAGGCUGCGGGUCGGAUACCACCCGACCUCGUGGGUCAACCCCAUCGUUGUCCUGUGGCCCCGUAAGACACUACGACACUCCUCGGAGAAGCUGGGCAGGGAACUCUAAUUUUUUGCAACUUCGGAGGUCAAAGUAUUUCAAAGUGAAAAAAUACUUUGUAUUAAAC